AUGCGGAAGAUUGUGUGGGGCUUACUGGGUGGUGCGGUGGCCGCAGAGUGGGGCUGCCGCUUCUGCUCUUGCGCCGGGGAAUAUGCUGCCGCGCUCUUUUUGUUGGUUGCGUCGGGGGCAAAUGUGCCGGCGUCUGACAAUCUGCGGGUUCCACCGCCACGACGACUGAAGGAGGCGGAGACGUCUGCAGGCUGCCCUCGCAGGCUGUGCCCCGUGCGGCCCAGUCGUGUGGUAAACACUUCCCUCACGGAAUUCACGUGCACCGCACCACGUGCUGGGUGCAGCGUAUGUUUGCGUCGCGGGGGGCAAUGCGGUGGCGUCCCUCCUUCUUGCGGGUGA